CGUCUCUCCCCCACACACAUUACAUACACCAAGAAGUCACCCACCACCAUCGAUUCUCUCUUUAUUUUCCCUUCCAUAAAAACAAUCUAAAUUCGUUUGAGCUCAAUAGUUCAUUAUCUUCAAAUCCUUUAGCUUAGACGAUUGUUGUUUCAAAUUUCUAAUUGAUUUCAGAAAAAGGGGAUGAUUAUCCGUAUUUCUCUUACCUGUUAGAUACAAAUAAGUGACUUUUGCAUGGGAAAAGAAUGCCAGAUUUGCAAGUUGGAGUUCGGCGAUCACAGAGGGUCAAACAAAACCAGAAUCCUUCUGGUGUAGUUCCAACUGCUCGGCGUGGUGCUGGAAGAGCUGGUCGAGGUAGAGGCUCUAGAGCAAUGAACCAAGAUGAAAAUGCAAAGCUUUUAGGUGGUGGAGUACGUGGUCGGGGCCGUGCAGUUUUGGACAUGCCAGCGAGACAGGCAGUUGAGAGAAGUGCAGAAAAAUUGGCUGCUGGAGAAGAGGAAGGAAGAAUAAGUCCGCUUCCUGAGAGGGUACAACUUGGCAACUCCCCUGUGUACAAGUUGGAGAGAAAGCUAGGGAAAGGGGGUUUUGGUCAAGUUUAUGUUGGAAGAAGGGUUUCUGGUGGUGCAGGUCGUACUGGGCCUGAUGCCGUUGAGGUUGCUUUGAAACUUGAGCACAUGAAUAGCAAAGGAUGCAGUUAUGGCCCUCCUUAUGAGUGGCAAGUGUAUAGCACUCUCAAUGGUUGUUAUGGGUUACCAUUGGUUCAUUAUAAAGGUCAACAAGGCGACUAUUAUAUACUAGUCAUGGACAUGCUUGGACCUAGCCUCUGGGAUGUUUGGAACUCUAAUAAUCAAACGUUGUCUGAGCAGAUGGUUGCUUGUAUAGCAGUAGAGGCAAUAUCAAUUCUAGAACAGCUCCACUUAAGAGGUUUUGUUCAUGGGGACGUUAAGCCAGAGAACUUUUUGCUUGGCCAGCCUGGGACACCCAGUGAGAAGAAGUUGUAUCUAAUUGAUCUUGGUCUGGCUUCGAGAUGGCGGGAUGCAACUUCUGGUCGUCAUGUUGAUUAUGACCAAAAACCUGAUGUUUUCAGGGGAACUGUUCGGUAUGCUAGUGUUCAUGCUCAUUUGGGUAGGACGGGUAGCCGAAGGGAUGAUCUUGAGUCCCUAGCAUAUACCCUCGUAUUCCUCCUCAAAGGAAAGCUUCCUUGGCAAGGUUAUGUUCUUCAGGGAGAAAACAAAGGAUUUCUGGUUUGUAAAAAGAAGAUGGCAACUUCUCCUGAAAUGCUUUGUUUCUUAUGUCCUCCUCCUUUUCAACAAUUUCAUGACAUGGUGACCAACAUGAGAUUUGAUGAAGAACCCAAUUAUUCAAAACUCAUUUCCCUUUUUGACAACAGCAUAGGCGCCAAUAUCAUGUUGCGACCUAUUCUAACUGAUGGAGCUAUUAAGGUGGGCCAGAAGAGGGGAAGGUCAUUUGUUGAUUUGGAGGAUGGUGGGCAGCUCAAAAAGAAAGUACGGCUUGGUACUCCAGCUACACAGUGGAUCUCAGUCUAUAAUUUCAGAUCGUCAAUGAAGCAGAGGUAUCACUACAAUGUUAUGGAUUCAAGAAUUGACCAGCAUGUGGUGAAAGGAAAGGAAGAUGGUUUAUACAUUAGUUGUGUGGCCUCAUCUUCAAAUUUGUGGGCUAUAAUUAUGGAUGCAGGAACAGGGUUUACAUCCCAGGUUUAUGAAUUGUCUCCCAUUUUCUUACACAAGGAGUGGAUAAUGGAACAGUGGGACAAGAAUUACUAUAUCACUUCUGUUGCUGGCACAGCUAAUGGUAGUGCCUUGGUUGUUAUGUCAAAGGGGACUCCUUAUACACAACAAUCCUACAAAGUUAGUGAUGUAUUUCCUUUCAAAUGGAUCAAUAAGAAGUGGAAAGAAGGCUUCUCUGUUACCUCUAUGACCACUGCAGGUAGCAAGUGGGGCAUUGUAAUGUCCAGGAAUGCUGGUUAUCCUAAUCAGGUCGUUGAGCUUGAUUUCCUCUAUCCCAGUGAGGGGAUCCAUAGAAGGUGGGAGAAUGGGUAUCGAAUUACAGCAACUGCUGCUACUGCAGAUCAAGCUGCAUUCAUACUUAGCACUCCCAAGCGGAAAUCACAAGAUGUGGCACAGGAAACCUUGCGGACUUCUGCAUUUCCUAGUACUCAUGUCAAGGAUAAAUGGUCAAAGAAUCUGUAUAUUGCAGCCAUCUGCUAUGGGAGAACAGUAUCUUGAACUUGGAACCUUGGGAGAGAAACCACACAUGCAAACAAGAAGCAGGUUGGUGGUUUGCAUGGCAUCACCUUUGACUGGGCUUUUUAAAGAAUUCCAAAGUGUUGGGAGUAUGCAAAGAUGAGUUGCUUUGCAACCUUGUCGGAGAACUUCUCCAAUAUUGGCAGCCUUGUGAUGAGCCAGCAUGACCUUUUAUAUCAUGGUUCACUUUGGCUGUUGAGAACCAGAGAAUUUGUACAGUUACCAAAUACAGAGGAAUCUCUAUAUAAUCUUUUGUAAUUGGUAUUGAACUCUGAGGAUUUUGUUUCCCAGUUUAAAGCAAACAAAGCCUCUUACACAGUUGAAGCUUAAAACAGUUGUUGGAUGACAAUAUUUAAGGGGUUGCGAGGAAAGGUUUAUCACCCCAAUUUAAUGUUAUGUCGCUGACAUGGCCAAUGAAAUGGAUGGCUCAGCUAUCAUUACAUUUAAUUUUUUUUUCUUGCUCAACUGAGCAUCGCUUGGAUA